CCAUCCCCGGCGUCCGCGUGGCCCAAUCACUGCUGUCCAACGCCGCCCUUGUGUUGGCUUUCGUUCACGCCUGCACCGCCGAUCUGCCUUCGUGGUAUGGUAUGCAUCCAUGCGCAUGUGUUGAUCUGGACCACCACCAUCUAAUGGUCUGACAGCGAAUACAGCCUCAUCAGAAACUCAUGGCUCAGCUCGCGAAGGGGAGGAGAGCGAAUGCGGGGCCAUCUAUGUGAGUUUCCUCGCAUGGACGGUGCGGUAUGGUUGCGUUUGUCCACUUGUCGGCGAUGCUUAUGAGCCUGACUGUCUAUGUGGAUGGCAGGCACGUGGAAAAGCCGGUUAGUCAGUCAGCAGAAAUAAUUGAGACACCUUCGCACAUGCAGAAGAUAUCAUGUGCGUGUUGGUGUGUGUGGGCCGGCAGGUGCCAUCUGCCGCCUUCGUCCACCUCACUCGAAGCACUGCCAUCCCGUUCGUCGGUCCCACCACCACCGCCACUGCCAGACGUCAUCUGCUGAGGCUGCAGACGACAUCGAGCCAGCCCUCUCUUCAGGCUGCCGAGUCCAAUGCGGCCGAUGAUGCGGAAAAGGUCAGUGUAUUCGUCGGGAUUAAAAUCAACGGGGAAAGGAAGCAUAAGAUCUUCUUCUACAAGCCGAGCGGCGACGAUUUGGUCGCUGACCUCAUUGAGCCGACGCGGAAGCACUUUCGUGUCGACACGGAGUUCGACCACUACAAGCUCACCAAGACCGACGGCUCGGCGGUGGACCUGGACGCCACUGUGAGGGACACGCUGGCAGAAGGCGUCGGCACCGGUGCCGCCCCCAUCAUCUUCAAAUUCACCAAGCCACCUCCAACACCAGCACCAACACCACCACCAAGUGAGCCAGUGAGGCAGGGAGGCAGAGAGGCAGGUAGAGAGAGGCCUCAGGCAGUGAGUACGUCCACAUGGCUGGAUGCCCUGGAUGGAUGGAAUCGCAUCUUGUGUAUUUUCCUUUGUGUGUCUGCGUAUGUACGAAGCUCGGCGUGAUCUCAGCGAGGAGGAAGAUCUAAGACUGCGCAUGAUGAGGCUCAUGCCUGGCCCCUGGGCCUUUCUCUUCUGAUCUCUUCUGAUGCCCCCCUGGUGACUCUCUGGUGUGAAUGGCCGGCACGGAGGCUAUGCGUCGCACGAACCAGUUCCACGCCAGCCGCUAUCAUCUUCCAGCUUAUGUUUGGCGUCUUUGUCAAGAUACCAAUGGUCUGGUUCAUCGACAAGCAGACGGACUUCAUUAUCCCUUUCUCACAUCAGCCCGGGGGGCCUCGUUUGGAUGGAGGCCAUAUCGGCUUUAUGGGUUUCGUUCCUGCUGAAUGUGAUCUGUUUGCCUGGGUGAUGUGGGAGGAAUGGCCGAAGAAAGAAGGACCACACCAACCAAAGCGAAGAAAACUCGAGAGAGUGUAUAGGGAAGAGAAGAGCUGAGCGGCAAAGAGAGA